AGGUCACCACAGUGACAGUCGCCAACGUCGGUGCCUCCGCAGACAACGUCUUCACGACAUCCGUGGCGAACGCGGCUUCAAUUUCAGGGCACGUGCUGUCUGGGAGAACGGCGCUUCAAAUUGGGGACAGCUUGAAUACUGAAAAAGCCACUCUCAUAGUGGUUCACACCGACGGCAGCAUUGUGGAAACCACCGGGCUGAAGGGGCCGCCAGCACCUCUCACGGCAGGACCGCAAUCACCUCCUGCCCCUUUAACGUCUGUCCAAGGGAAAACUGGAACCAAGUACAACUGGGACCCGUCUGUGUAUGAGAACGAGCUCCCGGUGAGGUGCCGGAAUAUCAGCGGCGUUCUCUACAAGAACCGACUGGGCUCAGGAGGCCGUGGUCGGUGCAUUAAGCAAGGGGACAACUGGUACAGCCCCACGGAGUUUGAAGCUAUGGCGGGACGGGCCAGCAGCAAGGACUGGAAGAGGAGCAUCCGCUACGCCGGGCGGCCGCUCCAGUGCCUUAUUCACGAUGGGAUUUUAAAUCCCCACGCGGCUUCUUGUACUUGUGCCGCCUGCUGUGAUGACAUGACCCUGAGCGGCCCUAUACGACUCUUCGUGCCCUAUAAAAGGCGGAAAAAGGAAAAUGAAAUAUCUGCAGCUCCGGCCAAGAAGGACUGCCCCAAAAACAUCACUCUGCUGCCUGCCACAGCCGCUACUACAUUCACCGUGACUCCUUCCGGACAGAUCACUACCUCUGGCGCUCUCACCUUUGACCGUGCGUCGACAGUGGAAGCCACGGCAAUAAUCUCGGAAAGCCCGUCCCAGGGGGAUGUUUUCACUGGAGCCGCUGUUCAGGACACCAACGUGCAGCAGCCGUGCCGGGUCGCUCACCCCGAGCCUCACUACCCGAGUUACCAGGACAACUGCCAGAUCUCACCUUUCCCUGAAGCCGCGCUGCCGACAGCUCACCCCAAAAUCGUGCUGACCUCCCUCCCUGCCCUGGCGGUGCCCCCCGCGACCCCCACCAAAGCCAUUUCGCCGUCGGUGGUGAACGGGCUGGAAGUGACGGAGCAGCGCAGCUGGCUUUACUUGGAAGAGAUGGUCAAUUCCUUGCUCAGCACGGCCCAGCAGCUGAAGACUCUCAUCGAACAGGCCAAGCAGGCCAGCUCCUCCUUCCGCGAGGCUGCUGUCACACAAGCCAAAAUUCAGGCUGACGUGGAGAGGAAAGAGCAGUCUUGUGUUAACUGCGGCCGCGAGGCGACGAACGAGUGCACGGGCUGCCACAAAGUCAACUACUGCUCCACUUUCUGCCAGCGGAAGGACUGGAAGGACCACCAGCACAUCUGCGGCCAGUCGGCCACCGUGACGGUGCAGGCUGACGAGGUGCACGUCGCCGACAGCGUGAUGGAGAAGGUCACCGUGUGA